GCACUAGUUCUCUGCGCCAUUUUAGAUUUUCAAUUUAUUGAAUGUCUCGUUGGCUUGAAAAAUAUAAUUUGUACGCAGAAAUUUUAGAUUAUUUAGUUACUUAAAGCAGUUGUAGUGGAAAUUUUGUUUAAGAAGUACAAUUGAUGCAAUCAUAAUACGAAACAAUACAUUAUUCUGUGAGUUUUGAAGAUCAUAGAAUAAAUUCAAUUCAAUAUGUCGGCACACGAGCAAAUGAGGGCAAUGUUGGAUCAAUUGAUGGGCACUGCUCGAAAUGGUGAAACUGAUAGACAUGGGGUAAAAUUUUAUGAUGAUGCCGUGUGCAAAUCAUUUUUAUUGCAAUGUUGCCCACAUGAAAUUUUAUCAUCAACGCGUAUGGAUUUAGGUGAGUGUCCAAAAAUACAUGAUUUGGCUCUACGUGCGGAUUAUGAGCUAGCCUCCAAAACCAAAGAUUAUUUCUAUGACAUUGAUGCGACUGAACACUUAGAAGCAUUUAUAGCCGACUGCGAUCGUCGCACGACGGCAGCAAAACAACGUCUUGCGGAAACACAAGAAGAGCUAUCGGCAGAAGUAACGGAGAAGGCUAACGCUGUUCACGAAUUAGCUGAACAAAUUGGUUAAAAAUUGGCCCGAGCCGAAGCACUCGGUGAAGAGGGAAUGGUUGAGGAGAGUGUGAAGCUUAUGGGAGAGAUUGAUGAAUUACGCAAAAAGAAAGCAGUCGCGGAACAGGAAUAUCGUAACUCAAUGCCAGCGUCUUCAUACCAGCAACAGAAGCUAAGGGUAUGUGAAGUGUGCUCAGCGUAUCUCGGCAUUCACGACAAUGACAGGCGGUUAGCUGAUCACUUCGGGGGAAAGCUUCAUCUUGGAUUUAUAACUAUUCGGGAGAAACUGGCAGAACUUAAGAAAACAGUAGACAAAAGGCGAGAAGAGCGUGGGGCUUCGGAGCGUGAGCGCAGCGGUCGUCGUCACUACGUGGGCGGCCGCGAGCUCGACAGGCGAGCGCGCCGCCAUCGCGAGUCCGCGCGCGACCGCGACCGCACCAAGGACGACCGCGACAAGGACCGCGAGCGCGGCGACAGGGAGCGCGACCGCGAGCGCGAGCGGGAGCGCGAGCGCGACCGCAAACGGAGUCGAUCACGUAGCAGAAGUAAGCGUGACGGUUCCCGGGAGCGAUCUCGCGGACACGGGGAGCGGGACCGAGACCGCGACGCGAGACGCAGUCGUUCUCAUCGAUCAACGUCGAAAGAUCGCCGUCGGGAAUAGCCCCAGCUCAAUUAUAACAUCACCAUGUUGUGCAAACUUUGACAAUUGUUAAGUUAAAUUUUUUAGCCAAGUUGGUAAGCUAGUUUAAUGAAAUAAGAUUAAAUAUAAAUAAAAACGAUAUAUUGUGAAUUGUGUGACGCUGGAAUUUCAUUACCUACUAUGCACAACCAGUUCAUGUUGUAAAUAUUAACUUUGGAAUUAGAAGAGAGACAUUAGUAUUUAUGGCUGUUAAAUUAACUGGCCGCGAUACAUUGCCCACACGAUAUUUUGACUUAGUGUAAAUUUAUUUUAUCUAGAUGUUAUACUGCUAAUACCACUACUGAUUGCCUUAGAAGAAAUUGUUUUCUUUGAUAGGUAUCUGCGCAUAACUGCUAACGUUGAAUGCGCCUGAGUAAAUUUUCGAUGGACUGUUACAUUACUGCGACACUGACUGACGAGAGUGGGAGUGGCGGGUCUGGUUAAUUGACAUUGGACAUGGUGCCGUUGUACUCACUGUCACUGCGGUCGGCUUUUGAUCUUUCGCGCGAAAAACAAUUGCGUACAUUUUUGUGUGGUAAACGGUCCUGUUAUGUGCUGAUACCAUUUCGAAGUAAGUUCAAUUGAAAUGAACGUUUCUACAAUGCUCACCGUCCACAGAGAAUAUUUAUGAACUGGCUGUCUCAGAAGGGCAACUGCUGCCUAAAUUUGGUUUUUUAAUCGGUAUUCAAAUUUAAGUUACGAUUUAGAUUCAGCCUCAACCAUACGGCGAACUUUUAGGAAUUACUGGUUUGAAAAUCCACGUGUAGAAAUACUUAGGUAGCCACCUGGGCUUAGUACAGACUUACGGGAAAAAUAUUAGAGACCUAAGAAAUUUUUAAUCUCGCCUCAUUUUGAAUUUGGAAGUAAGAUGUAAGUACCCUCUCAGUGUGAUAUUGUGGAAAAUCAGCGCUAAAAUUUUAUAUGAAUCUUUGGGCAGUCUUGCUUUUGUGUUACUUUUGUUAUUGUAAUAAAAUAUAAUAAGAUUA